GCGUUGUUCGAACGCGUUGUCGUCCGUCGCUUCUGCGAUCCCGAGAGGAAUAAUUUCGUCGCGUUCGCUCGACGAUUAAAACCAACGUCGCGGAGACACGUGCAUCGCACGGAAAUACAGUUAAAGUAGUCGGGACGAGGGAAGAUCGCUUAAGAUCGACGUGUACGAACACGCUUUUGUGGGCCAGCUUACGUACGGCCGCGGCGGUUAUGGCAGGCAAGAGAAUCCGCGUCCUAGUACUCGCGUUACGAUCACCUUCGCAACGCGUCACGGUCCGUUACGUUCCGUUUCUUCUCCGGCAGCUAUCAAGAGAGACGGUUUAAAAGCUUGAUUCCUCGCCUAUGUUUGUACACAUAAUGCGCGUUUCUGUACGGGCAUUUACCGCCGCGGCUGGGAGCAGCAAAGCGGCGCUCGAUUUGACUCGCGAGUUUCUACCAGCCGUUAACCGAACCGCCAAUUACCUCCAAUUACACCCGGGAACCGAGAAACACCGUGCGAUCGUGGCAGGCCUUCGAAAUUCGCAGCGAACGCCUCGUACCCGCGACACCAACGGAUUAUACGAUGCCGUAGGCAUCCGAGAACUAGAAUCGAUGGAUUCCUCCGAGUCGCAUUGCUUUGAUGCGGUUCAACCAGCCGAGCUAUAAAACCGACGCGCGUUGUUUCAUAAGAGACGCGACGUGUGGCUGGAUUUAUUUACACCGUCCGCCAUUUUCUUUGUAAUUCGAGACCCGGUUCGGAUUGUCGUUCGAUAGAAAAGAACCGUUUGGUAUUUAUCGCGCGCGGCCAUGUUUACACGAUUAACCCGACGAGCACCUUCGCUGUUCAGAUUCACAAUGAAGAGAUGAUCGCGAGCCUGCCGAUACACAGUGGCGGCAGCGGCGGGCCCAGCAGCCGCGUGGGUCGGGGCCUGGCCCUUCACAGGUCCAACUCCAGCCUGGAACUUCCGCACAGCCCGGACCCUGGGUCCCGAGUGGCAGAGGCUCCCCUGAGGAGGGAGUAUGGGUCGCACGGCAGCAUCGACGCAGUGGCGCAGUCCGUGACGGUCGGCGAGAACUUGUUCGCGAUGUUGCAGGAGCUACGACCAUCCGCUUCCGAUCAGCGGAACUCUGUCGGCGUCGACUAUCUGAGACGCGUGCCGGAUGGACAAACGGUGGACGCUGACGAGGUCUGCGGCCCGGCCGGCGGCUCCAGUCCGAAGUUAAGGCUGAAACUGAACAGAUUGUGGGGCGCUAAACCGCCCCGGGCCAUGGAGGAGACCUGCACCAGCCCGGUGGUGUCCGCAGACGUUGAAGAGAGGCACAGGCGCAGGGCGUUCGCUCACUACGAUUGUCAAUCGUUGACUGCGAACCUGGGAUACGCGGCUAAGCUUAGGGGCAUAUUGCUAGCUCGGAGAAGAAACACUGCGACCGGCGCAUCCGCUGCCAGCUCCUUCAGGGCGUCCACUCCGGACGAGACGCCCGAAGAGGACGCCGGUGAUGGAAAAGGUAACGACCUCCUGGAGUCGUGUCCCUUCUUCCGGAAUGAGAUCGGCGGCGAGGGUGAGCGGGAAGUGAGCCUGACUCGUUGCUCCCAAGGCAAUGGAGUUCAUCGACCUCCUCUGUCCUACGGGGUGGCGGUUUUAGAGCCGCCAGCAGGGGAGACACUAUGGAAGCACAGCUGCCCGUUGCAGAAGAGGCCACUGCCCAUCGAGAGCGUCGACGAGGGCGCGCAUUACUACCGAAGAUAUUUUUUGGGUCGGGAGCACCAGAACUGGUUCGGCAUGGACGAGCAGCUAGGUCCGGUGGCCAUCAGCAUCAGGAAGGACGUGAAUCAGUACAGGAUAAUCGUGCGUACGUCGGAGCUGUUGACUCUUCGUGGCUCCGUGCCCGAAGAGGCUCUUGGUAUCAGGCCACAGGGUAACCGACUGCCGACGAGGGAGCUUUUGGAGCUGGUAGCACCGGAAGUGCAGCUCGGAUGUUUGAGGCUGGGCACCACCGUUGCCGAGGAGUCCGUCGCCAGAUUGGACGAACAAGGGCUCUCCAGCAGGUACAAGGUCGGCGUGCUGUACUGCAGGUCGGGCCAGAGGACCGAGGAGGAGAUGUACAACAACCAGCAUGCUGGUCCCGCGUUCCUCGAGUUCCUCGACACCAUCGGCCAAAGAAUAAGACUGCGGGGAUUCGAGGGUUACAAGGCAGGGCUGGACACGAGGACAGAUUCGACGGGCACGCACGCGGUCGCAGCGACGCAUCGGGGAGCGGAAGUGACGUUCCACGUGUCCACGAUGUUACCGUUCACGCCGAAUAACAGGCAACAGCUGCUCAGGAAGAGGCACAUCGGAAACGACAUCGUCACGAUUGUGUUCCAGGAACCGGGAGCGUUGCCGUUCAGCCCGCGCAGGAUACGCUCGCAGUUCCAGCACGUGUUCAUCGUGGUCAGAGCGAUCAAUCCCUGCUCCGAGAAUACUCAGUACAGCGUGGCCGUGUCGAGGAGCAAGGAGGUGCCUAUUUUCGGACCUCCGGUGCCGGCCGGUGCCACCUUCGCCAAGGGAAAAGCGUUCGCAGACUUCAUACUGGCGAAAGUGAUCAACGCUGAGAACGCGGCACACAGGUCGGAGAAAUUCGCCACGAUGGCGACCAGAACCAGACAGGAGUACCUGAAGGAUCUGGCUACAAACUAUUCAUCGACAACGGUGGUCGACACUGGACAGAAGUUCUCGAUGCUGUCGUUCAGCAGCAAGAAGAAGGCAGCAGUGAGGCCAAGACUGUCCUGCGACGCUUCCCAACGCGGGGCGAUCUGCUGGCAGGUGAUCCUAGAGGACAGCAACCAGAACACGGACUGCUACCUGGGGAUCAGCGUGGACACGAUCGUCCUGAUAGAGGAACACUCCAGACAGAUAGUCUUCGUGGCUCCAUGCGCCAGCGUGUUGGGCUGGCACGCGCAGACCAACAGCCUGAGACUCUACUACCACCAAGGCGAGUGCAUCACGAUCCACGUCCGCGGCGAUUACGGCGAAAGGGACGAGCUGAUGGAGAUAGUGGCCCGUCUGCGAGCCGUGACUCAAGGGGCGCCUGCCACCGAGUUGUCCCUGAAGAGAAACAGCCUUGGUCAGUUGGGUUUCCACGUGCAGCCCGACGGUGUGGUGACGCAAGUGGAGAGCAUGGGACUGUCCUGGCAAGCAGGUCUGAGACAAGGUUCCCGGCUGGUGGAGAUCUGCAAGGUGGCCGUGUCCACGUUGAGCCACGACCAGAUGGUGGACCUGUUGAAGACCAGCGCGCAGGUGACGGUCACAGUGAUACCGCCCGGGAACGACGGUAAUCCCAGGAGAGGUUGCUCGCUGCAAAAUUGCCAGUACCUGUCGAGCAACUACGAGGGAGAUUACGAGAACGUGACUAGUCCGGACAACACGCCUACUCAGCAGACAGCCAUGUCUGCUCAUCAGAGGCGGUACGAGCCCCGUUCGUUUAGCCCACCAAGAUCUAGUAAUAGUUCUGGGUAUGGAACUGGGUCUAGCUCGAGAUCGUUUAAUGAUCCUAGGUUCCCGUUGGAGGGCACGAUGACCAGCAGCAGCAGCGGCCACAGUAGCACCGACGAUCGAUGGUACGAGCUGCUGGAGCCGCAGGAUCAGGAAAACGGACACCGGACAGACGGCACGCCGCCUCCACCGCUGCCCGCACGACAGAACUACCAAGUGCUGGCGGGGAAGUCCUCGCAGAAACGGGAGAAGGAGUCCCACUACGCCAGCACGAAACAGUUCGCGGAGAACUCGAACUACGCUUCGACGAGGGCUCUGCAGGAGAGUCUGAGGCACGAGAACUAUCAGAAACAACAGCUGGACCAUGCGCACAGGGGCCAGGAGCAGCACCAUCACGUUCCCUCGAGCUACGUGAAGCUCCAGAAGGAGAAGUACGAGAUCAAGCAGGAGAACCUGUACGCUUCUCAGCGGGAGCUGCACAAGAACGAUGCUCAUCAUCGCGGUGUGCCGCAUCCGAAGCUGAGCGCGUCGAACUCGCUGCCUCUGACCCAGAACGCGACCUACAGUCUGCCGAAGUCCAGCAGCAACAACAAUCUGGGCAGGUACAGCGACUACGAGCAGCCGAGCAAGUACGAGUACGAUGGCAAGCUGGCGGACCGGUGCUCGAAGUACGAGCCGCAGGAGGAGAACAGGGUGACCGGGAAGUACGAGGAGACCUACGAAAGGCGGAACAGCAAGUACGACAUGGACGUGACCGGUAAAUACGACAUGAUCGAGUGCCAGCACGCCGGCAACGAGAGGAAACAACACCUGGACGCCGAGCAGAACUGCGAGUCGAUCAGGUACGAGAUACCGCACGAGUUUAAGGUCGGCGAGAAGGUUACCUGUCUGAAGACCACCAUCUCCGAACGGCCGGUGCCCCACAAGAUAAACGUGGAGUAUCGGCAGACCAAGGAGUUCGCUGCCAGCUUGCCGCCGGAAGUCCGCAUUUCGGAUCCGAAUUGUCCCGAGCCGACCGCGUUGCAGAGCGAGGACGAGCUGUCCACCGGUUCCGGGAGCCUUUCGCCUAGGCUGAGGAGGGCCAACAAACACCGGGCCGGGAACCUGACUCCUUCCAGCGGCAGCUCCAGGAACCAGAGCCCGAGGCCGAAGCCUGGCAUCAGGAACUCCCACAGGAACUCCGCCAACCUGACCUCCAGCACCCUGCAAGAGGACCUGAUGAAGCUGAUCAAUCCCGAUUACAUCGCCGAUGACAGUCAGUUGACGAAUAACAACGUAAACGCCCUGAUCGCGCAGACCCCUAGCAAGACGCUGAACAACAAUAUGCUGGAGUUCCAGAACAAGUGCAGGUCCCGGGAGAAUCUGUGCGGCAACAGCGCGACAACGUUGACCGUUCUGCCAGCGAAUGGACAGGAGAAUGGGAAUGGCAACGGAAACGGGAACGGCAAUGGGAACGGGAACGCGAACGGGAACGGGUCGGAGGUCAUUCUGACGAUGGCGAGGCCGGCUACCGUCAUUUCGAACGCCAGCACCGCGUCCAGCCCCGCGCCCAGCGAGAACAAGCUGACCAAGGAGGAGAGACUGUCGCCACGCGUGACGAAGCCGUCGCACGCGAUGUCGAAGUCGCCGAGCAAUUUAACGUCGAUCAAGGACCCGAAGGGUCUGAACGACGCCGAGAUCGACUGCUGGAAGGGCCAUCAUGUGGACUCCAGAUCCAUCCAGCAUCCCCAAGAGUGGCCGGACGAGAGGCUGAUCGACAGAUGUGGAGCAAUCGCAAACUCGGUGACGGACCUGCAGUCCCAUUUGUCCACCCUCGAGCUCAGGGUAGCCAGAGAGACGAGACGCAGGCUCUCGUUGGAGGACGAGGUGCGUCGGCUUAGGGGCGAGAACCGUCGACUGCAGGACGAGAGCCACGCAGCUGCGCAGCAACUACGACGAUUCACCGAAUGGUUUUUCCAAACAAUAGACCAUCAGUGACCUGCGCCUUCGGUCGAUUUGGCAUUUUAAUUCCACGAUUCGUACUACAAUGACCAGUGCCGCUUGCGCGGCCAACGUUCGUCCGACGUUCAUCGGUUUCUUCAAUCACGCGUCGAACGUUCGUAAGCUACCACGUUGAGCAUAUUUUUGUCUCGUCGAUGGAAGCUGCCAUGGCAGCUCGUUGUUCCUUCUUUCCAGCCAAAGAAUUCGUCACGAUUUCGCAAAUUUUCGAACUCUCUUUCCAAUGGGGCACACGUUCAGAGAUUUCGCGGAGGAUUCACAGAGACUGUGCAACCCUUCCGUGUAAAUUGAAAGCUGUGCUCGAAAGAAAUUGCUUGAUUGUCGCUGCGGUCUUCAACGAUGAUACCAAGCGGAGCUUCGAGAUCGUUGAAGAAGCAGUUUCUGCGGAUAGUUUUCGAACGUUGCAGUUGAAAAAGACCGAUGAAAUAUUGGACGAACAUCGCCGACAGUGGACGCCUAUUCAUGGGGGGAGGUCACCAGUGUGCGGCAUCGUUUCUAGAUCGUUUUGUAAUAAGAGCAGUAUUAGUUUCGCGCGUUUCCUCGAUAAUCGUCCGCGAUAGAGAUUAAGUCACGAAUCAAAGGUAAUUUAACGUAACUGCGAACGAUUCUCGCGAGCCCGCCGAAAGAUGCGCGCGCUAACCCGGCAGACCACGAUGACAGAUGACCUCGAAGAACAGGAUUCUGGGAUUAUGAUAUGCGGUUAGCGUGCAGUGGAAGUUACCACCUUGCCGUGUUCCGCGCGAAUAUUUUUUUCUGAAAAUACAGAGAACAAAUGGUACCAGAGACACCUGUGUUCGACGCGUAGUCCAGCAAGACGGGACGAGCUCGAUUCCGUUGACGAAUGCACGUUUCAUAGAUUAUAUAAAUAUAUAAAUCUCUCUCUCUAUAUAUAUAUAUACAUAUAUAAAUAUAUAAAUAUAAAUAUGCCGUCUACACUUCGAAACGACCAAAUAUUAUUACUAGUUGCGUAAGAGUCACUUCGGGUUCGACUGUAAUUUAUUUACAAAUUUUUGUAUGAUCGUCCGGGGCGUCGCGGCUCGGCCCGGAAAAGAAAAACCGCCGAUUGUCAUCAUCCGCGGUGCGGAAACCGCGCCGCGAUUCACGCUGGCAUAGUACGAAGACGUUGUCCGUCGAAGAGAAGCUCUGUAGCCUGAAAACAAUAAAGAGAGAAAUGCACAUACGAGAGAA